CACUCUGUGAUGCAUGUGUUUAUGUUACUGUUCUAUGUUAGUGGAACAGUUGAGCCAAAGAGACGCCGUUAUUAUGCAUCUUUAAAAUCGUUGUUUUCUGACAUCGUUUUCUGAUAGUGACGGCUCAAUUGGAUACCAAAAAGGCAAGAAUAAGUCUACCUGUGUUACUGUGUUGCCAUGGAGAAGGCUUGGAGGGUGGAGUUUAGGAACGUGGGUAGUAGCUACUUCCCUCAGAGCCGCGUGGAGUGCCACUACAGUGUCAGCUCACAACAUACCUGGGCCAGCCAUGACUGGGUCGGACUCUUCAAGGUGGGAUGGUCGUCAGUGAAGGACUACCACACCUUUGUCUGGGCCCUGGCGCCGGCAGGCUACCAGGAGGGCACAGAUGUCAACUGCUGUGUCCAUUUCCAGGCCUCCUACCUGCCCAAGCUAAGUUCCCAACAGUACCAGUUUGUGUACGUGGAUGGAAAGGGAGAGGUGUGCUCUGCCAGCCCCCAGUUUACCUUCAGUGCCCCCAAGCCUCUGGAAGACCUGGUCACCCUGGAGGAAGGAGCUCACGGAGAGGAGGGAGGGACUGACAUGCUGCUGGUUGUACCCAGGGCUGAGCUACUGCAGAGUCGCCUGCAAGAGUGUCUGCGUGAGAGGGCCGAAUUGAUCCAUGCGCGGGAGGGGGCAGAAAGGAUGAAGCAGAGAGAGAAGGAGAAGUACGGGAAGGCGAGAGAGGCUUGGGACAGAGGACGUGAGCAGCUGCAGAGGAACAUCUCUGAGCUGAAGGAAGAGCUGCAAGAGAGCAGAGACAGGAUGGAAGAGAUGGAGAGGAGGCAGGAGCAGGUGGAGGCGUCAGAGGAGGCCUUGGCUCAGGAGAAGAGUUCCAUACUGGCCAAGAAAGCAGCCAACAAACAGCGAAUCAGAGAGCUGGAGGAUGACAUUAAAGCGCUAACUCUGAAAGCUGUGGAACGAGAGACUGAGCUGGAGAGGAUGACGGAGAGGGACAAAAAGCAAGCAGUUCAAAUGAUGAAGGAUGAGAAAGAGAGGAAAGUUCUGCAGCUCAAGCUGGAGCAGACUGAGGGGGAACUGCGGAGCCUGUCUGCUGAGUUCCAGGGUCUGAGGAGCUCCCUGGCCCAGAGAGACACACAUGCCCUGCAGCUACGGGAUACCAUCACCACCCUCACACACAGACUCAACAUGGCACAGAGGAAAGAGGCGGAGAUCGAGGCCUCCCUGGCUGAGGUGUGGGGCCUGCGGGAGCGUCAGGGGGCCAGCGAGCGUGGUGCUGAGGGCCUGAAGGAAGAGCUGUGUGCUCUGGUGGCCCAGAGGGACCAGGGCCAGGCAGAGCUGCACCAGGCCAGGCUCCAGGCGGCCCAGCUCACGCUGCAGCUAGCUGACGCCAACCUGACUCUGAGGGAGGGCAGAGCACACUGGUCCCAGGAGAGACAGAGCCUGCAGCAUACCACUUCGAAGGACAGAGAGCGUCUGGAGAAGCUGAAUGGAGAGAUGCAGCGGAUUGAGGAGAAGCUUCAGGAGGAGAGGAUGGAGAGAGAGAAGGUGGAAGUGGAGCUGGGAAGAGAGAAGGACUGUAACCGGGUGCAGCUGAGUGAGACACGCAGGGAGCUCCAGGAGCUGAAGGCCAGUCUGAGGGUGGCCCAGAAGGAGAAGGAAGAGCUGCUGCUGGAGAAACAGGACCUGAUGGAGUACAUGCGUCAGGUGGAACAGAGGAUGGAGGCUGUGGCAGACGCCAAGUGGAGCGCUGCAGUGUUCGCCCCCACCAGUCUCCCUGACAGUUCUCUGUCUGACUCUGAGGAUGAAAACCCUGAGGCCCUGCAGCCCCCUCGCCAGCCCUCUCUGUCCUCCCGCCCUCUGGCCCAUUACAGCCUGUGUGACCCCCAGGCCCAGCCUGACUCCCUGCUCCCCUCCACCCCCCCUUCCUCCCCCAGGGAUAUGUCACGGCCCCUCUCCCGAGGGGGCGUAGUCAUCAGCCAGCCCGCCCCCCUUUCGUUGCCAAGGCAAUCAGGAGAUACCCUGACACACAGCUCUGAUUCGGAGGAGGAGGGUGACACAGCCCUAUGUGGAGGACACAGCUCUGGAGACGAGACAGCUCUGCUGCUGCCUGAGACCACUGUCCUCAGUGACCUGGCUGAUACCUCUCAGUGGUAGAAUGGCGAUGCAGGAUCAGAUCUACACCAGCACUGGCUGUUUGGCCAUUCAGCACACAAGCACACACACUACAACUCACCUCUACUCUUGACAAACUAUGUUCAUAUGCAAUUUGCUUUUACAUUUUAUAUGAACUCUUUCUUUGACGUAUGACUAUAAGGCUGUUGUGUUGCCCCCAUUAUACUCAACCUGGUGUUAAGAACGACAUAAUACCUGUCCUAAUCGCUGAAAUCGUAGUUACGACCUGACAUAGGACUGUUAUAAAGCGUAAAACAUUUGACAUUUUAAAGGGUUAAUUCGAUUUGAAAUAGUAAUGUUUUAUAACAGGGUUAUUUCAGUUGCAGGAGGAGUUGAUGUUGUGAGCUUUAUGGAUUGUGUCACUUUAUGAGACAUCAUGACAGGUCACUAAUUAACAUAAGUCAGUUAUUGAAGGCUCCCUCUCUGAUUUCAGUCGAGCCAGAAAGAAAUACUGUAUAAUUGUUUCAACGUUUCGUCUCCUAGAAAAGAACGAUGAAAAACAUUGCAUUUAUUUGUUACAGUAUAUUCAUAGUAGUCUGGUUGAGUCAGUCUGGUUGAUUAGGCUGCAUUCACAGUUCUCUCCAUUUCAAAUCUAAAAGUUGCUUUUAACUUUUCUGUCUGCGCAGCAAACUUUUACCUCUUCAGAAUACUGUCAUUAUAGUUAUUGAUACACACUACAACUAUAUUAGAAGAAUCAUUGUAAAGUACUGACACAUAACAUGAUUUUCCUCAUAUUCAAACCUAAGAUUUUAUAUUAUAAGCACUUUCUGUUCUUCAUUAUUAUUUGAUUCUUGCUUUAUUAAUGCUGUCCUAGUGCUAGUUGAGAGGAUAAUUACAGACAGAGAAGCAUCUGAAAUGGGGAAAACGGUUGGGGGAAGUUUGGUUAUAGAGAGAUUAAUCAAGACGAAUGGUAGAGCAGAAUGGUAGUUAGAGUGGUCGGAGUGACAUUUUAAUGUUCUCUCAUGUUUUUAUUAAUCUCAUAAUAUAUUCUAUCCUCAUCUACAUAAAGCUAUUGCUCCUGCAGGCUGGUAGCUGUAGAGUCCCUGCAAUAAGAGCAUACAUCAUACCACAUUUUAACCUUAAAUCAGUGUUUGGUUUUAAAGCUAAAUCAAUGUAUUUGUUAUAGAAGAAAUAUUUCUAGAUGAUCAGUUUUAUUAGACUAGACGUACUGUACAUGGUUAUGCUUAAAGCUCUGCUUUAGAGUGAUGCAGUUCUACAUUUGUGCCUAAAUAACAAAUUGAGAAAUUAAUUGUCUCUUCUUCAGCCAAGCAUCAUCAGUCUGGCAAACAAGACUUGUAAACUAAGGAAUCUCAUGAUAACAUAAUGUAAUUUAUAGAUACAGAUGUUACAAGACUUGUAAACUAAGGAAUCUCAUGAUAACAAAAUGUAAUUUAUAGAUACAGAUGUUACAAGACUUGUAAACUAAGGAAUCUCAUGAUAACAUAAUGUAAUUUAUAGAUACAGAUGUUACAAGACUUUAUGGAAGGUUUGCCGGGAAAAUAUUAUUAGUACUGGUUUAAUAACACUAUAUUUUUCAUGAUUUUCAACCAAUACUCAACUUUAGUUAUAUCGUAAUGAAGUUAUGUUCUGGUUUAGUUUAAGGUAAUGACAUUUGAUAAGAAGACACUUUUUGCUUGGUAUAUUUGUAAUUUGCUCUAUUUGCACCUGUUUCUUUGCAGUAAGAGAUGUUUUGGGGGCUACAUUGCUAUUUUAUUUUUACACUUGCAUACUCCUUAUUAAUCCAGUCUGUUAUUAUCAUAAUCAUUGCCAUAGUGUUUUGUUUACUCUUUUCUUUGUCUUUCUCUGAUUUUCUUUCUAAAAGUAAAUGUAACCUCUCACAACUAUCUGAUAAGGUUUGACAUGUUAGUCCAAAGGGUUGAGAUAUUGAUUCUACUGUAUAGGACAUCACUGUGUUCCUUCACACAGAGGUGUAGCUGUAGUGAAAGUGUGACAUCUGUCACAUAUACAGUGGCUUCAGAAAGUAUUCAUACCCCUUGACUUAUUCCACAUUUUGUUGUGUUACAGUCUGGAUUUAAAAUGGAUUAAAUAUAUGUUUUCUCUCAACCAUUUACACACAAUAUGCCAUAACGAAAAAGUGAAACAAUGCUUUUCUUUGCACAUUUAUUAAAAAUAAAAUACAGAAAUGCACUGUAAUUCAACUGUGAUGGGACAUCAUUGAUAAUUGAAGGCUGUGCUUCAGAGGGUUUUGGAGUACCCCUCUUUGUCUCUACACCCUUUCAGCUCUACCUCUAGUGUAAUCUAGUACUACAUCUCUAUUAGCUACUGUGGGUGGGUGAAUUUGACAUCCUGGUAUGUGCUCCCAAAGUUGUGUAUCCUUUUUGUUGACGUCAUUAUAGAUUUCUGUGGGAGUUCUAUUCUGUGGGAGUUCUAUUCUGUGGGAGUUCUAUUCUGUGGGAGUUCUAUUCUUUGGGAGUUCUAUUCUGUGGGAGUUCUAUUCUGUGGGAGUUCUGGGAGUUCUAUUCUGUGGGAGUUCUAUUCUGUGGGAGUUCUAUUCUUUGUCUACUGUGAGCUACAUGAGUGUAUGCAGUAACUUCCUUCCAGGAUACCUACCUACUCUCAUUGCUAUACGGCUCCAGUGGUUUGCUGGUGUGUAUGAUGUUUUGUUUGUGGAGGUCAUCUUACCUAUUUAAAAAAUGUAUAUUCUUUGGUAUUUAUAUAUAGGGUCAUUAAGCGUGUGGAUUCGUUUCUGUAAUAAUCAUUUAAAAAACAGAUCUGUA